CUUUCAUCUGCGCAGGUCACACAAAAGUCAAACGGCAAAAUGGCGGUCUCGGAGGCAAAAUCGUGGCGAAAUGUUCUCAACGAUCACCCCCUGUUUCUGCACCUUAGACGAGGAGAGAGCGACGGCAAGUCAAACAGAACGGAGGCUAGAGGUCUGGUGGUAGUUCAGGACGGAGAUAUCUAUGCGUGGAACGGCCGAAACUCCACUCUGGUGACGGCGAACUUGAAGACACUGCUACAAGAUGAAGCCGAAGUUGAAAAGCGACCGCUGAAGUUUCAGACCCUCCUGUGCACAGACCCUCCUCUGUCUGAUGUCCACCAUGUGAAGUUCAGUCUAACCGGGAACCACGUCGCCCUGUGGGGGCCUGGUGGGGUCAGCAUCAUGGAGGUGCCCAGGAGGUGGGGCAAACACGCCGAGUUCGAGGGAGGCAAGGACAAGGUCAACUGCAGAUCAUAUCCAGUAGCGGAGAGAUUGUUUGCUACCCAGAGUUCCUUGCAGCUGCUGCAAGUAGACUGGCAUCCAGGCAGCCCCUCAGACACCCAUCUGGUCAUCCUCACAUCAGACAAUGUGCUCAGAAUAUACGACAUAGAGAAGCCUGACAGCCCGUACCAGUCUUUCCAGCUGGGAGAGUUUGCCGACAGUUUCUCCCUUCACUCCACUAGCAGUGCCACCUUCAAUCAAGCACUGGGAGAGACUGCAGUUUCCUUUACGUUUGCCCCACCCGUUGAUAUGCCUGUGCAAGAGAAGAUGAAAUGGAAGAGCGAUCAAACAAGGAAGACAGAAACGAUGUACCCUGUCUUUGUGCUGAGGGGAAACGAGGAUGUGUAUUAUUUACUGACAAGUUUAGAACAGAAAAGCCCUAAAGUGUCCCUGCAAGGCCCCCUAACCAUGCACCCUCCUGCUGAUGACAACUACGGCAUCGACGCCUGUUCUAUCCUGUGUCUGCCGUGCAACCCACCCCUGGUUGUCAUAGCAACCACAACUGGCAGACUGUACCAUUGUAUUGUACUGCAGGGGGAGGAAGAAGAUGAUGACAGAAGGUCAGAGGUAUCGUGGACAGGCAGUGAUGUGAGCACCAGAGAUACCCAGGACAUGCCCGAGCCAUCCCUGUACGUGUAUGAGAGUGUAGAGCUGGAGCUGUCCCUGGGUGGAACACCAGACGACAUUGACAGUUACCCUGACUACCAACCUGACAACUGUCCUAUAAGGCUACACCCAGAUCCCAGCUCUGAUGGAAGGUACCAUUGUUCUCAUGCAAUGGGGGUGCACAGCGUGGCUCUGCCCUGGAUCAACAAACUUCAUCGCUUUUCCCAGUCAGAUGAGGAAGACAAAGACAGCCUGCUGGAGCUGAGCCGUGACCAGCCCUGUAUAGUAGAACACCUGGUGUGUACCAGACCUGUGCCGUCCAGCCCUCCUGCACCCAUACUGGGACUAACUGUGGUGGGAGACCAGCUGCUGGGCCCCACCCUCCUGUGUCUCACAUCCGAUGUCACAUGCAUUGCCUUGCCUCUUCUGACACACUAUGCCAACCCCCCUCCCCCCACACUCUCCUCCUUACCCUCCCAACCAGUCACCUCCCCUCUGAGGAAGCUCCACUCCAAGCCAUUUGACCAACACAUCAGAGAUAUCUUGAGAAGAGAUGCAUCCAAUCCUAUCCUCAAGUCCAUCCCAAAGGGUUCGCAGCCGUCUGACCAGGAAUGUUUCCAGCUACUGACCCGAGCGACCCAGGUGUUCAGGGACGAGUAUAUCAAGAAACAGUACCAGGCCAGGGAAGAGGUGGAGAAGAGAGUGGACUUACUGAAGGAACAGAAAGCCCAGCAGCAAACAGACCUUCACACACUACGGGAGGACAGGAAGAGUCUGACUGAGACAGCUGAGAAACUCGCCGAGAAAUAUGAAGAAGCCAAUGAGAAGCAACAGGAGUAUUUAAGAAGAGUGGAGAAUGUUUUGAAGAAUCUGCAAGCCCGGCUCCCUGUGCUGUCUGAUGCUGAGGUCAGUAUGAAGAAGGAGCUGGAGUCCCUGCAGGAGAAACUGAAGCACCUGAAGAACUCCACACAACAGGUGAAAACCAAGUGGGACUACCAGAAAAGGCAGGUUACCCAGCAGGCUCGGCAGUCCUCCAGCCCUGCUCUCAGCCAAUCACAGAGCAAACACAUGAAAGAACUGCUCAAGCAAGAGGGUGACAAGAUCGGUGAGCUGGUGAAACAAGUCAACAGUUUGAAGCUACACUGUGGCGUAUGACUGAUACCGAAUGUGGAACCUGGGCAACAAAAGUCCUAUCAUUGUCCAUUUCCUUUCAUGUGCCCCUUCUUUUGCCAAUUUCUUCCAAAGUAGAAAAGGCAUCUAUGUGAAAGUGACCUUCCAUUCCAGUGAAUAUCCUCUUUCAUUGAAUGACUUUGUAUAUAUUCAUAAAUCCAUCAUGCUACUUGUUUUAAAUCAAAAGCAGGUACACUAAUUACAAACUCAUAUGUGUAAGACAGCAGAUAAACUCUUGAGUAAAUUCAUUCACAUUUAUUAAUCUUGACUGUCAAGUAUACAGAGUCUGAGAUUCUCAUACACUGGUCAUAAAAAACAUGUCAUUUUAUAGUAUAACAUUGUUAGGCAAACUGAGAGACAUUAAACAUUUUCUACCACUA